UCGUAAUCUUUGGAACGUCUUUAUAAUUGGUUGACUUGCAGAAAAAAGUUAAGAGUUUUAAAAUCGCUGGCAGACUACGAAAUUCGCAAAAUUAUAAAAUAAAUAUGAAGUUAUACACAAUUCUAAUAGUCUUGGGACUAUUUACCUAUUCCGCUUGGGCAAAAGACACUAGCGAAGUAAAGAAAAAUCAAACAUUUAUAGCCACACAUGAAUGGCAAGAAAUCCCAGAAGGCCAAGGAAUACCACAAGGUCUGCAUGUUCGAAUUAACUUACAGACGGGGAAAAAGGAAGCCAAACUUUUGGAUGAGGCAGAUGAGAGUAGUAGUGAUCCACUGAAAGUCAUGCACAAAGAUGGUGCAUUAUCUGUGUUGCCGGAUGAAUAUGAAACGGUAAAAGAGGAAGACGACGAUGACGAUAAUGAUGAGUCGAAUGGCAAAGAAGCGGCCGGAGGGAAAGCUAAAAAAGUCAAACAUUUAGAUGAGGCCCUCAAACGUAUUGGCAUCGAUUAUACACCCGAAGAGAAAUUGGAAAAUAUUAAACGAGAAUUUCGAUCCUAUGAGGAGCUAAAAAAGACUUUUGAGGGUAUGCGUAAGGCCUUUAAAUCGGAUGGUGAAAUUAUCAUACAACUGAUUGAAGAAUUCCAUAAUGUGACCAAGGAUAACAAAGAUGUGGAGGCACGUGUUAAGAUUCAAACGCAAAUAUUGGAAAGUUUCAAUUAUCUUAUGUCUCAAUAUGAUAAUGCCCAGCUGUUUGUGGAACAGGGCGGGUUAGAUCACGUCAUAUUGCCCACAUUGGUAAAUCAAACACAUGUGGGUUUGAAGGUGGAAGUAAUGCGUGUCCUGGGUGCAAUGUGUCAAAAUAAUCCCAAAGUACAAAUAAAGGUCUACGAGAGGAAUAUAGGCUCACAUCUCACCCAGAUCCUAAUGAGUUCUACACGUACCGAGGAGUUGUCUACAGCCUUAUAUGCAUUCAGCAGUUUGCUGAGAAAGAUUCCUCAUGCCCAACAACGUAUUCUGUCGACGUCUGGAACCCAGGCCUUGGUUUCCGUUUUGGGCAAAGAAGCUGAAUUGAAAAUAAAAGCCAAAGCUGUGACAAUUAUCAGUGAUAUAAUUGUGGAAAAAGAAUUGGUUCUCUCAAAAUCCUCAGCAGAUGAUGAUCCCUUGGCUGCGGCCCAAUACGCUGAAUUAAGUUUUCCCGAAUGGCUUGAAGCCAAUUCAUAUUGUGAAACAAUGGAUGCUCUUGUGACAACAAAUCUCUAUGAAUUCCUGGAGGCACCCGACAUUUUGGAAUAUUUCAUAAAUGCUCUCGAUAAUACGAAAACAUUUUGUUCACCCCUAUGGUCACAGAGUCCACAAUUUCGUCACGUCCUACUGACGCUAAGAAAUCGUUAUUCCCAAUCGGAAGAUGAAUAUCGUUUGGAUAUUGCAAAAUUAUUAAAUAAUCUAAUAGAUAAAUUAUAUCCUGAAUCAAUUAGACACGAUGAGUUCUAAACUCGAAGGGUGUCUCUGUCUCAUAUAACAUUUUAAGAAUACUUAAAGGCUGUUUUUUUCCUCUCCUAGAGUUUCUAGUUUUCACCACCUGGUACUCUAUAUGUUCCAAUACCCUUUGUGAUUUUCCUAGUGAAUAAUUUAGUUUUCUUUUUCAUUUUAAUUUUUGAAGACUUCCUAAUUUGUAAUUAUAGUUUCUACGUUUCGUGAAUGUGUGUGUUUUUUUAAUUCCUAUUUUAAAUGUUAAGUUCGGACUGCACAAGAAUAAAUGUAAAAAAACGACACAAAAUGUUUAAAGAAAAUAUGAAAUGAAA